CCGGGGCCAUGGCCGAGGGCGGCGGGGGCGCGCGGAGGAGGGCCCCGGCGCUGCUCGAAGCGGCCCGCGCGCGUUACGAGAGCCUGCACAUCUCGGACGACGUGUUCGGCGAGUCGGGCCCAGACAGCGGCGGGAACCCCUUCUACAGCACCUCGGCCGCUUCGCGCUCCUCCUCGGCCGCCUCCUCGGACGACGAGCACGAGCGCCCCGGGCCCCCGCGGGCCCCCAGCGCCCAGCCGCCGCCCUCUGUCCCCGCCGCGCAGGAGCCGGAGGAGGAUGAGACCGGCGCGGGCUGGAGCGCCGCGCUGCGGGACCGCCCGCCCCCGCGCUUCGAGGACACCGGCGGUCCCACCCGAAAGAUGCCCCCCAGCGCCAGCGCCAUGGACUUCUUCCAGCUCUUUGUCCCCGACAACGUCCUCAAGAACAUGGUGGUGCAGACGAACAUGUACGCCAAGAAGUUCCAGGAGCGCUUCGGCAGCGACGGCGCCUGGGAGGAGGUGACGCUGGCGGAGAUGAAGGCGUUCCUGGGCUACGUGAUCUCCACCAGCGUCUCCCACUGCGAGUCUGUCCUCAGCAUCUGGAGCGGCGGCUUCUAUAGCAACAGGAGCCUCGCGCUGGUCAUGAGCCAGGCCCGCUUCGAGAAGAUCCUCAAGUACUUCCACGUGGUGGCCUUCCGCUCCAGCCAGGCCACGCACGGCCUCUACAAGGUCCAGCCCUUCCUCGACUCCCUGCAGAGCGGCUUCGACUCGGCCUUCAGGCCUUCCCAAACCCAGGUGCUACACGAACCCCUGAUUGACGAAGACCCUGUGUUCAUUGCCACGUGCACGGAGCGGGAGUUGCGAAAGAGGAAAAAGCGGAAAUUCAGCCUGUGGGUCCGGCAGUGCUCUUCCACUGGCUUCAUCAUCCAGAUUUAUGUCCACCUGAAGGAAGGCGGGGGCCCCGAUGGGCUGGACGCGCUGAAGAACAAGCCCCAGCUGCAUGGCAUGGUGGCCCGGAGCCUGUGCCGGAACGCGGCCGGCAAGAACUACAUCAUCUUCACGGGGCCCAGCAUCACCAGCCUGACCCUGUUUGAAGAGUUCGAAAAGCAAGGGAUUUACUGCUGCGGCCUGCUCAGCUCCAGGAAAAGCGACUGCACCGGCCUGCCUGCGUCCAUGCUGACCAACCCGGCCACGCCCCCCGCCCGGGGCCAGCACCGCAUCAAGACCAAGGGCAACAUGUCUCUGAUCUGCUGGUACAACAAGGGGCACUUCCGCUUCCUCACCAACGCCUACUCGCCGGUGCAGCAAGGGGUGAUCAUCAAGAGGAAGCGGGGGGAGAUCCCCUGCCCCCUGGCCGUGGAGGCGUUUGCUGCUCACCUCAGCUACAUCUGCAAGUACGACGACAAGUACAGCAAGUAUUUCAUUUCUCACAAACCGAACAAGACCUGGCAGCAGGUGUUCUGGUUUGCGGUCAGCAUCGCUGUCAACAACGCCUACAUCCUAUACAAGAUGUCGGACGCCUACCACGUGAAGAGGUACAGCCGGGCGCAGUUCGGCGAGAGACUUGUGAGGGAGCUGCUGGGCCUGGAGGACGCCUCUCCAACCCACUGAUGCCGGGCCGGGCCCAGGCGAGGGCCAGGCGGAGGGCGGGGACAAGGAGGGAGAGGGCCCGCCACUCCGACCCGCCUGCCCAGAGCCCCGGAGACACGCUGCUGUGACCUCUGCAGGGACCCGACGGACCUGGCCAGGGGACGGCGGCUGCCCCGGUUUCCGUCCCAGGAAGAGCAUGGCCUCCCCCCAGGGAGUAGCUGCCCGCCUCCUGGGGAUGCUGCCCAAGGGUGGGGCGCCACACCCGACCCCGCCUGCCGGGUGCCCCCAGGGCCGCUGCCCGCCCCGUCCUGCCCAGCGGGGCAUUCCGUCCGCACGGUGCCUGCAGGAGAGCUCAGCUCUGAGCCCCGGGGACCUGGCCAGGCCUUGCCACCAAAGGCGCCAGGGACAGGAAGAGCCGAAGCAUGUCCUGCUAGAAACGCCGCUGUGUGAAGAUGUCAAGACAUUCGUGGCACGGUUCACUCGUCUGCUGCAUCUGCAGGCGACCGGAAGCAGGCGGAGGCCGGCUCUUUGCCGCUAGGACUGUCCAGAUACGCACGGGGGAGCGAGGGCUCUCCCAGCUUGGCCUCUGCGAGCAGCUUAGAGCGGGUCUCCCGGAAGAACAAACAGCGGGCCGCUGUGUGAUGGGCGGGGAGGGGACCCAGUGCCGGCCAGCAAAUGAGGCCUUCCUGGGUGUGUGGCCUGUCCCUCGGGCGGACGGGGAGAAGGGAAAACGCCAACAAUCGCAGUGAAGUGUGAUGCUAUUUUUUAUUUUUAAAUAUAUCUUCAGGUUAUUUUCUUACUGUUGCUUAAGAUCUUCUGUAAAAGGAAAAUGUCUCCCUCCUUUCCUGCCCCCUUCCCCCCCCCCCGACCCCCGCCUCCCCCAGUCACGGCUCCUUGCUCGGCCCCGGUUCUGUGGUCUGGGCGCCUGCCCCUGCCGGGGCCAGAAGGGGCGCUCGCCACCAGAACAGACGUGUUGCACCCACCGAGGACCCAGGGGGCCUGCGGGCCUUCAGCUUUGUCACCGACCUUGUCGUGGGCAGAAUUACUUGUUUAGGAAAAUAUGUAGCAUUGCCAAGACGAACAGCAAGAUGUGUCCAGGGAUGACCACUCUUCCCCGCAUGUGCAGCGAGUAACCUGGCCCUGUUUGCCUGUCUCAGGUUGCACCCCGGGGGUGGUUCUGCUGACCCCGCAGACCCCGCGGGGCACAGGCUGCUGGCUGGGUGGUGGGAUUUCCCCCGGGGCCGGCUCACUGCUGGACCAGAAGGACAGCAGCCGGCAGCCAGGCCCCACUCACUCCCCGGGGCAUCCCGGGCUCUUUCUGAAUCCUGGCUCCAGGUCUCCUGGGAGGAGGCCUCAGCCAGGGCGGCCAACUGCCCGGCUGUCCCCACAGACGACAAACAAGUCAUUCCUGGAGUCCCCUGGUCCCCCAGCAGCCACUUCACACCGCCCCCUCACUUGUACAAGCGUGGCAUCUACUCUACUCAGGCUCGGGGACUUUGUCCCGUGGUCACUCACACGCAGUGCGUGAGCCGUGUUGCCGGCAGCAUGCCCCCAGCUCCAUGUCACCCGUGUCCUCGGUGCGUGACGGCCACCCUCGUCCUUGGUGUUCAUUCAGUGCCACGGAUUGCAGGCCAAAUUUUAAAUUGCAUUUCGAAACACCGUUGCCAUGUCCUUUACUCAGAUUGAAAGCACUUUUACCACGUGGAGAAAUAUAUUUUUAAUUUGUGAUGCUUUUCUACAAGGUCCACUAUUUCUGAGUUUAAUGUG